AUGGCAGUUCAAACGUGCCUGCACGACCACGUCUAUCUCUCCGGUCUCAUAGUGCUUGAAGCGGCGCUGCUCCCAGCGACGUUCGCCGACAGUAGCAACGACGACGAUGGAGUCCCGAGUCUAUCCGAAAUGGACACCUACGACGCGCUGUCCAUCGCGUUCAUGAUCAUCGGACUCGCAGUCUCCUCCGCCGGCGCGACAGCGGACCGACCAUUAAUCGACCCAGAGCUGGCGCUCGGAUUGAUCCCCGUGGUAAUCGGCGGCACCGUCCUUGGUGCAGUGAUCAACAAGCUGAUCCCGAGCUACAUCGUGUCGCUCCUUUUCGUCGUGGUGCUCACUUUUAGCGACGCCCGCAUGACGCUACGAGGCAUCCGGCUGUUCAAGCAGGAGGUUGCCCAAAAGAGGGCCGAAAGCUCUGCAAACGAGACCAAGGCGGACGACCCGGAGAGCCCAAGUGUUUACAUCAAGGCUAGCACGCCACAACCAUCCAGUGACGACAUUAUGGCGGAAGAACAUCGUCUCAGCAUCUCAAGAUCCUCCCUCAAGUCGGUGCUGGAUGAAGAUGAAGACGGUGCUAUCCGAUCGCAGAUUCUGGGGAAGGAACGCCACUUCGCCUGGGGCUCCCAUAGCGCCACCUUGGUCUGCUUCCUUGGCGUCGUGGCCACCAGUAUCGGCGAUGCUUCUGUGGACUGCGGCGGCGUCGUCUACUGGAUCCUCCUGCUGAUUGAGGUCCCAUGGGUCGUUGCCUUUGUUUUCUUCACGUCGCACUACCUGCACAAAAUCUACCUGCGUAAAGAGGCCGUCAGCUACCAGUACGUCGACGGCGACAUCCAAUGGACGAAGAAGACCGUGGUGUACUUCCCGUUGGGCUGUGCCGUUGCCGGUAUUGUUGCGGGCAUGUUCGGUGUCGGCGGAGGUAUCAUCACGGGCCCCAUCAUGAUCGAGCUGGGCAUCGUGCCGGAGGUGGCUUCAUCAACAACGGCGCUGAUGAUUUUGUACUCGUCGGCGGCCGCUACAGCGAAGUUCGCAGUGUUCAAGAUGAUUGCUUGGGACUGGGCCCUGCUGCUGUGUGCGGUGGCGUUCGUGGUGACUUCUGCAUCGCAAGUGAUGAUUUUGGGCUUCGUUCGUCGAACGGGGCGUCAGUCAAUCAUUAUCCUCUGUAUCAGCGCAUCGGUAACACUCGGCACCAUUCUCAUGACCUACGAAGCUGUCAAGGACACGAUUAACGACGCUGGGAACCACUUCACUGCUGAUAUUUGUAGCUAG